CGGUCUGCUCCGCCUGCGCAGGUGGUUUUUUUUUUUAAAAAAAAGAUAAUUCACCAAACCGGCGGUUCACGGUUUGUAAUUUUUAUGUUUCAGUUUGAACCGUAACCGCCAGUUCAAAAACCGGAAAACCGGCGGUUCGAAACCGAGGCAAGUCUGAAACCGGCCAUGCCAUUGAUUUACGUGUUUCAAUGAUCAGACAUCGGACGGAGACUUUGGGCAGUUUCGGUGAUCCAUCCUCCGGUGACUGACUACACAAAUAGAUCAGAUCGGAAAACAACAACGGACGGACGGACGGACUACAGCGGUAGCCGGUCUUGAGCACUCCGAUGGCGGUCGAACCGCCGGUUCGAAACCAUUGGCAUGUCUACGUUCCAUCCACCAUACGAAUUCCAUUUCCAUCAUCAUGUCGCCAUUUGAUCCUCCAUUGAAAUUGAAAUGCAAAUCUCUCCCACUCUCCUCUGCUCCCCUCUACGUUCAUAUAUAUAGAUAUAUAUAUAUUCUCCCCCUUAUUUCGGUUUCUUAUCUAUGUUUCCUGCCUUCCGUUCUUGCCAUUGAUUCAGGAAUCGCGCGCUGGCUCUCCAUUCAUUGUCUUCUACGUCGACGUGUUUAAUUUCGGCGGAUUUGUUAUGAGAUGAAGCUCUUCGGCGGUGUCUCAAUGUUUUGAUCAUUCGCAAUUCUCGAAUUCUCCUGUAUCACCUGGGGAUUUUGCAUAUUUAUUGCUUUGACGGACAAUUAUGAAUCUAGCUACAACGUCUAUAUUUUAGUUUUUUUGCUCCAAACCUUUGAAAUGUUGGUGAAUGGAUGAGGCAGUGUUGGAUGGAACGAUUUCAAGGAAGGAGAAGUUGACUCCGACCGAGGAGCGUAGUAAAGUGGUGAUGGCUAAAUGCGGACACGAACGAUGGAUUUUCCCCUUAACGAGUCUGCAGAUAGGGGAUAUGCAGUCCUACUUCGCACAUCUCAACUUAUUUCUUGCUUUUGAAAGUGGAAAAUUCUACAUAUUAGUCGAGAACAGACCACGUUCGAAAGAGCAUAUGUCAGAUCCUACGCAUUGGUGGCAGUUGAUGGUCACUAAGUCCAGGUUAUCCCCAUUCGUGACUACAAGAGCCAGAAAAGAGGAAAAGAUGCUUGAAGAACUUACAGAACUGCAGGGUUCUUCUGCUCCCGGUGCUAGCCUUACACCCGAGAGAAAGUGGUUUGCCUUGACGGAUGCCUUGACAUUGUCCCGGCACAGAGCCCUUCAGCCCGUACACAAGCUCCGGAAUGCUUUGAUUGAAAACAGCAAGUUGCUGCACCAAACAUUCAGUGGCUUCAUUGUGUUUGAGGUCACUUGGAACAAUGUGCGGGGUAUUAACUACCUAAACGAACUUCAGACCGACACAUUGCUUGCAAUUGAAGCAAAACUCAUGAGAAGAUGGGAAUUCGACAGUAUUGCACAAGCUGCAGCAAGCACAAGUACAUGGUUUUCGGGGACAGUGAGCGAGCAUAUAGUCUUAAAAAAGCAUCUGGAUGCCGCUAUAGGGGAAGUCUAUCAUGAUGUUCAAGAAAGGCUACCAAUGAUUACUGAGGAUGAUAUGGAUGACGUACCGAAUGAAGCCAGGAACGACUCUCCUAGUUGCACUUCUUGUUCGAAUACAGAGACAACUGAAAAUAAACAAUGGCAGGAAUGUGAAGAACCAAUUGAGACAACUGUCUACAAGAAUGUUUUGAUUUUGUUCCGAUUCAAUGAUCCGGAGCUACCCUUUAAAUUGAAGGACAUAAUAAUGUCAGAAUUGUGGCUACUUACACUACUUGAGGCAGGACUUCCUCCUUGGGCUAUAUUCCUACAGUCUUACCCUGGAUUCUCGCGACUUUAUCGUCCAUGGAUGUGCCCGCUGGCACGAGCUUUGUACGUGCUCAUCUCAUUCGUCACAGUUGCCAUUGGCUUCUAUGACCUGUACAAAAACAUACCACUUCUUAAAGCAACAGCUUCCCAUUUAUUUGGACCUCUUUUCGAUUGGAUAGAAGCAUGGGAAAUGGUUUCGAGGAUCCAGUAUUUGGGAACUAUGCUGUUUCUACAUAACUUUCAGAAAGCUGUGAAAUGCUUUCUUGUGGUGGCACGGACCAUCUUCUCAUUCCUUUCUGUCUUUAUUCUCCCCAUGGCGCGACCAUUUAUCCGAAUAUUGGAAUUCUUCCUUCCUCUUGUGAGCAUGCUUAUGGACAUAGCAGAGGAUUUCUUCUCUGUUAUUUGGAUGGUUGUCGAGACUACGUUUACAGUGGCAGGAGACAUUUUAGAGAUUUUGUUGCUACCAUUUUGGUAUGUGUUUGCAACAGCUUGGAAUAUUGUAAUGUCUUUGAUAUACCCUAUUGUUUGGAUGGUUUUUUAUGCUCCAUUUAAGCUGGUCCAUGGAUUAUGUAGAAUUCUAGCCUUCUUCUGUGCUUUUACGUAUAAUUUUCUUGGGACUAUAUGGCUAUCUGCAAGGGGCCUCUUUCAGCUUUCGAGGGGUGUCGAGACAACAACAGUGAUCACAUAUGAGGCUUCACUGUGGCGUUCUCUUUGGAAUGAUCUUUUCUCUCAGAUCUUUCGUGCCCUGAGGAGUAUUCUGAACGGCUUUGCGGUUUUCUUCAUGGCAUGUAACAGACAUCGUCUUAGCAUCUACAAUCAUGUGAAGGAGUUCAUCAAGAUACUAGUGCAUGCUAUGAGGAGUGCAUGUUCUAAAGGAACCAAGACCAACCACACCCAAACCCAACAAUCUGACUCUCAACUACUCGAGAGUAGAAGAAGACUGUCAAAUUACGAAUUGAAGUCCACCAAGUCCAUCUAGAUAGCUAGCACCCAGCCCCAAGGCCAAGGUGCGACUUUUACAACAUUAAUUUUCAUUUGGGAAUAUGUGUACCAGGUGUGUGUGUAUAUAUAUAUAUAUAUAGUGCAGAAAAUAUUAUCAUCAAAAUUCGUGUAUUCAUUCUACUAUAAAAAUAUAUGUAGAUAUAGAAUUAGCUCUCAUGCACUCGGACAACGUAUAAACUCACCAUUGAAGAUCCUAACUCUACACCAUAUCAACUAAUGGAGAGCUUCUUUUCACUCAGCCUAAUUUUUACAAACCGAAACCCAACUGUCAGAACGACGGUUUCGGUUCGGUUUGAACACGGUUUCGGUUUGAACCGUAACCGCCGGUUCGAAAACCGAAUGGGCAAGUCUGAUCUGGUAAGUAAGU